AACCUGCAAAAUUUAUUAGUGCUCUCAUUGUGGCCAGAGUUUGCUUACCAAACAGCUAUAUAUACACAGUUUAAACAAGAAAGGUCGCCUACACUGAUCCACAAUAUAAGCUAUUCACCAGUAUGGCUAAACUAUGCACUAAUUUUGGUCUGUAAAUUUAUUCGUUAAGGCAAAAUCUACCUUGUCAUUAGCUCAGCCAUUUUCAUUCAUUCUAAAAGAUGAAUUUAGAGAAGGGUUCAACUCUGAAAACGAAAAUCUGUUGAGAGAAAACAUUGAAUUUUUAUGAGUGGUCAGGUAUGGGCAAGUUUACAUAUCAUCGCGCUGGAUUCGACUCCUGAUUGCGUCAUAAAAAGUGUUAAAUUACAAUUUUAAUUACUUUUAUUUCUAUUUAAAACUUCUUGAGAUUGGAAAAUCGAACUUUUCAGCUACCAUUUCCAACAAGAAGUGCUGCCAUAUUGAAUUUGUUGCUGUUAGAGUUGCCUUAGAUGCGCAAGUUUGAAGCACAUGAAUCUGGUUUCAUUUCUUCGCAACCACGCUUCUGAAGUCAAAACUGGUAUCGAUUUUCGAACACUGUUACGCGUGUUAUUAGUUACGAGCCUCCUGCGAAAUUUCGUAACAAGAUUUCGACCUUCGAAAAAGCCCGUGACUGCUUGCAGUUUUCCAGAAAUUGUACUCAUUUCGCUCCACAAUUAUACAAAGUAUAUAACGAUUCUCUUCUUAAGCAAAUAAAUCGAAGAGUUUUAAUCAAAACUCAGCUGUUUGUUUAAGAAUGAAUUCCGAAUCCGCAAUUCUUAUUCGACGCAAUUACGACGACAAGUGCUGAUGUAGCAUACCGAGGGAUUCGCAAAGAUUGAUAAUAUUUGCCGAAUCACAAAGGCUGCAGGAUGUCAAUUUGUUUUGGAAUUAUAUGAUCAGCUUUGUUGUGAUAUGAGCGAUCGAGAAGCGACGUGUAGAGGAAUCUAAACGCUGCGAGAUCGUGGAUACAGUAUCUUAAAUAUUCAUUACAAGCCAGGACAGUGGUGUCACGGAACGUAGAAACUUCUUCUUUAUUUGUAGAAACGAAAUGCAUUAAACCAACUCAAAAGAAACCUACUGCCUUACCGGCGAUUUCGAGCGAGACUUCUGUGAGCUCUGCUCGAGAAACGAUGUUCCGGCCAUAAAAAUUGCUCCACGUCCGCAUCGUCCAUCAUCCCCGGUCGCACAACAUCCGGACACAAGUAUGAGCAAAGGAAAGGAGUCGAAGGAAGAUCGAAAUCGAGGCCACCAGGCGCACCAGCCUCCUCCUGAACCGCCAAAACCUGCAGACGAUAAAGAUCAAGAACUUCCACCAACAACAUUUACAACAAAAGAUAAAUACGAGUAUUUUCAACCGCGUAUAGAAAUUGAAAAUGAAGACGAAGGAAAUAAAACUCAUCUGAAGGAAUUUUUCAUAAGAGGUUGGAAAGUUGACGCCAAGGUUCUUGAAGUUUUAUCUAUGACCUUACCAAAACAAGACCGACUUGUCUCGAUAAACUUGUGGAAUGCAGGGUUAAGUGAUGAUACAUUGGAACUGUUGGCCAAGAUUGUUGUCCAGUGUCAUUCUCUGAAGGAUCUUUGUCUCGAUGGCAAUGCAUACAUUCGACAGCACCAUUAUGAUCUCUUCCUUAAAGAAGAAUGCAGCGUACAAAAUCUCUCCCUAAAGAACUGCUACGUGAACGACAUCGGAGCUGAGAACAUCGCCACUGCACUUGCGGACAACAAGAAUCUAACGACCUUGAAUCUGUGUUUCAACAAGAUAACAUGCACCGGAGCAGAACACCUAGCCAAGGGUUUGCGAAUGAACAGAUCCUUGCUGUCGCUUAAUUUAGGAAGCAAUCUUAUUGGGGAAAGAGGUGCUGCAAAGCUUGCCGAGUCACUGUCAAGAUUUGCUUUGACACACAAAGAAGUUGUUCAAAGGCGCAUGCUGUUAUCAAAGAAAUCAGCUGAUGAGCCUUCAAGCCCCACCCGUGGCAUUGGCCCUGUCAGCUCCUCUCAGCGACCACCAAGUGUGAAAAGCGGGAGCCACCUUAAGGACGACAAAAAGUCACAGGGAAACAAGGGCGCUGCAAAAAAGAAAGAUACGUUGCAGAAAUCGCAAAAAGAUUCAAGCUCGAAAAAGGCUUCUUCAAUCGAUAUACCCAUGAAGGGAUCAACGAAGUCCCAGAAGAAAACAGACAAAACCAAACCAGACAAAAAGGGACAAACACAAAGCGACCAUGAGUCACCUGAACUUUUCGAGUUUCCACAUCCACUUCUCGAAACAGCAGAUGAAAUUAAAGGAGAACUUUGGGUUCCUGGAAAUCGAGCACUCAUCAACCUCAACCUUGCUAGAAACAAAAUUCCAAUCGACGGUGUAAGGGAAUUCUAUCAAGCCAUACAAUACCAGAUAUCUCUAGCCAGCCAAACGAGCAAGACCAUUGGGAUUGGACUUCUUCGGCUAUCGUUACAGCGUAAUCCCUUUGAUCCUUCCGACCCAACAUUCAUUCAACUCAAUGAAAUUAUGGCGACGCGAGAUCCUUUCUACAAGCCACCUCCUCCGCAGAGUCCGACUAAAGAACUUGGCAAGGAUGAUAACUAGAGGAAGGACAACGACGAAUAAUUAUUAAAAACACAUGUAUUUGCGAAACAAACUUUAAAGAAACUUUCAGUGUUUCAAUGUUUUUAUGUAAAUAUGUUUAGAGUAACGCACAACAGAUUGAUGUCAAUUAAUGAGCGCAGUGUACUCUUUUCUUCCUCAAACAAAGUUUGCAAACUUAAGAAUAUCACGGUAACCUUCAAGAGAGAUGUGAAACACAGUUUGCAAAGUGAAAAGAGUUUCAGCGUGGUUUGUAAAGUGAGGAGGCUCUAAACGUUGUUUAGAAUCUGAGAAAUUGGAUACUCACUUUGAGUGAAAAGUCAAACAGUUUGAAAAAUGAGGAGAUUUCAACCGCAGUUUACAAACUUAAGAAUAUCACGUUUACCUUCAAGAAAGAUGUGAAACGCAGUUUGCAAUAAGGAAGCUCUAAACGUUGCUUAGAACCUGAGAAAUUUGAUACUCACUUUGAGUGAAAAGUCAUAAACAGUUUGAAAAAUGAGGAUAUUUCAACCGUAGUUUGCAAACUUAAGAAUAUCACGUUAACUUCAAGAGAGAUGUGAAACGCAGUUUGCAAUAAGGAGGCUCUAAACGUUGCUUAGAAUCUGAGAAAUUUGUUACUCACUUGGAGAAUUUUAGAAUGGCAUCCCUGAGUACUAUACCUCACUAAUUGGGUUGUUUACAACCAUUACAGUCAAGUGUGUUCAAACUGGUUUAUGAGCAAAAUCUGAAACACUGCCUUCAACUCAAUUAUCUUUGUCAUGGGCGUUCUGCUAAUAUGCAUAAAUUUGCUAAAAUUGUCGAUUGCUUUUCUGUUAUUUUCUCUUGUUGACAUUGGCUCAUCUAUACGUUGUAAAUACUAGAGUUGAGAGCUCUGUAAAUUGAAGUAGUCCAGAAGCUCUCUUGUUAUUACUUAUCUUUGCGUUCAACUUUUCUUCUGAUUUCUUUCCAUGUUUAUUUGGAGGGAAAAAGUCAUUAAAAUGUCACAAUGUUUUCAAAAAGCUUGCCAAGUUCAGCUGCAGUAUGCCAUAACGAGGUAGCGUGCAGUUUGCCUGCUUGAACAAACCAAACUUUUUCAAUAAUUUGGCGCCACAAGUCAGUUCCAAAUUUUAUGCAAUAUUGAAGAAAACAAACACAGGAUUUAUGGGAGCAAACUUUCCUCCGUUAUCAAAUUCACUAUUUGUCAUUUCAUAGUGAUGUGACGAGGAGACUUCUACAAUUUUAUGGACACUCUUAUGAAGUUUUAUAAACACAAUAUUUUAUAAAGUUAUUUGGCUUAUGUUCAGUAGCACUUUAUAAAUGAAACAAGUGAGAGCAAAUUUUUAUCAAAGACAAUAUUUUCAGCUAAGUGGCUAGUAGGUUUUUGCAAUCAUUCCUAUUUGUUGUUGAAAAUUCCUCUUUUUCAUCGAUUACAAAAUAGUUAGUCUACAAAAUAACAUUGUAAAACUAAACUAAUCUAAAUCAAUGGCUAAAUUAAAUUUGAAAAUAUGUUGGUUGAAAACGCUACGUUGGUUAAAGUUAAGUUUAAAAAAUCUUACAAUUUUCUGCGUUUUUUUAUGUACUAUUUACAACA